AUGGCCUCUUCGACCCCCGGGUCCCUGCCCGGCAGCCUCAUCGCAAUCAGCGGCGCCGGGUCUGGCAUUGGACGCAGCCUUGCGCAUCUCCUCGGUCGAUCUGGUGCGUUGCUCUCCCUCGCGGAUAUCGACUCUGCUGCUUUGAUUAAAGUGGCGAAGGAGUUGACGGACAUGAACAAUAAUAUCAAUGAGAACACCCUCUUCCAUAUGCAGGUCGAUGUGACGGAUCAGAGGCAGGUGGAUAAAUGGGUCGAGACGACGGUGGAGAAGUUUGGAAGGAAGUUGGAUGCAAAUACCACAGACAUGGCGCGUGAUAUGGAGCCACCACCUAUGCUGCAGGCAAAAGCAAUCUACCAUUUUGCCACAGUUGCUAACUCAACGCCCUUCUUCGCAGGUGCUGCAAAUUUUGCCGGCAUAUGCGGCACCCUUGGGUCUCUCCGUGCCUUCUCACAGCCCGACUACUCCUCGGUAUUCAGCGUAAACGUCGAAGGCAUCUUCAACUGCUUGUCCGCAGAGCUACGUAACAUGCGCGAAGCCAAUCCUCCUCUCAACAUCAAGACAGAACCAGACCAACCGAGUCUCUCAGCUGCAGAAGAGUCCAACAAAGGCAAUAGUGAGGCCACUUCCGGUCUUGGACACAAAACAACGGGAGGCUCCAUCGUAAACGCUGCAUCCGUUGCGGGACUUCUAGGCAAGCCAAACGCCAGCGUCUACUGUGCAAGCAAGUUCGCCGUCGUAGGCAUCACCAAGUCGGCAGCGAUUGAAGAAGGGAAGAGGGGAAGCGGCAUCAGGGUUAAUGCUGUUGCGCCUGGUUACGUUCAGACCCCAAUGCUGGAACAACUCGACAAAAUCACAGGUAACCCUCAUGCUCACGGCUCGGUGCUCGGUCGUAGGGCCCACCCAGAGGAAGUGGCCAGAGUGAUUGCCUUCUUGCUGAGUGAAGAGAGUAGCUAUGUCACUGGGAGCAUCUACCAAGUUGAUGGAGGGCAUACUUUGGGAGCUGCAGUAGAAGACGCCUAG